AUGUGCGGAAUUUUCGUGUCCGCGAGGGUUGUCCCUUCAGUAGAUGUAAAAGAAGAAGAAAUUUUCAGUACUUUAUCUCGGGAGCUACGACAUGUAAAUGCUGCCCGAGGACCUGAUGCCCAACGAAACCACGUUCUAUCCUUUGUGUGUCCAGGAUCUAAUCCUCCUGGCUCAAAACCCGACCAAUCGGAUGCAGCCACAUUGAAAGCCGAUUUUUAUGCAUCGGAAUUGCGACUGAGAGGAGACUCACCCAUUGUGCAACCCCAUGUCAAGGGUGAAAACGCCCUAUGCUGGAAUGGAGAGAUUUUCGAUGGUCUAGACAUUUCACCUCAUGAGAACGAUGGAGUAAAGCUGUUUGAUCUUCUGUGUCCUCUUGAAACUGCGGAACAGAUUAGAGAUCUGAUGAGUGGCAUUGAGGGACCCUACGCGUUCGCGUUCUUCCACGAGCGUACUCAGCGGCUUUACUUCGCUCGUGAUCCUCUUGGCCGUAGAUCCCUCCUCAUCCACCAACCCACCCAUGAGCUGCCUUACCUGCUGCUCUCUUCUGCCUCCGCUGGUGCAAAUCCCGCUUAUGAAUUUGUGGAGCUAUCCACUGAGUUCUUCUAUAGCCUCGAUUUGAGGUCGAUGAUCACUCCAUCCGGGAUCGCAGAAGGCUUCGGCCAAUCCUUGACCCAAAUUCCUCGGGCAUCAACCUCUCCAGAUAAACUCCUUGCCUACGGUGCGCCAAGGAAGGUUAAUACAACCAUACCCUCGACCCCCGAGCUUUCUGUUCAAACACUAGAUUCGAUUCCUGUUCAUCUCAUGGAAACCGUUGAUCAAUUUAUCUAUCACCUGGACAGCAGCGUUAUGCUUCGAGUUAGAGAUAUCCCUUAUUCUUCGGUGACCAAGGGAAAGGCCAGAGUCGCAGUACUUUUCAGUGGAGGAAUCGAUUCGUCCAUCAUCGCAUUUUUGGCACAUAGGCACAUACCACUAGAUGAACCUAUCGAUUUACUAAAUGUUGCAUUUGAGAACCCCCGCAAAAUUAGGAUUCAAAAGGAGGGCAACGUCCGAGGGACACCUAAGCGACGGACGAAGACGAGUCAUCAUAGUGAUACAGGUCAAACCGAACAUAACCCAUAUUCUGUCCCGGACAGAGUCACCGGGAUGAAGGAAGUAGAAGAAUUGUGCCGAAUCUGUCCUGGCAGGACAUGGAAUUUCGUUGAAGUCAAUGUCUCUUACACGGAAUGCCAAAGCGCUCGGGCGAAAGUAGAAUCCCUUAUGUCGCCUGGCCGGACUGUUAUGGACUUGAGUCUUGCAUUGGCGUUGUACUUUGCCUCACGAGGGCAGGGGCAAAUUCAAAGGGAUGCAGAAUCAGAACCGGAGCCAUAUGUCAGCGAAUCUAGAGUGCUCCUCAACGGACUGGGAGCGGACGAACUUCUUGGAGGUUAUUACCGACAUCGCUCGGUCUAUAACACUGGAGGUUGGAAGGCUGUAGUUUCAGAGCUGCAAGAGGAGAUCGAUCGCAUACCGAACAGAAAUCUCGGGCGAGAUGACCGUGUUAUCUCAUCGCAUGGCAAAGAGACUCGACAUCCUUUCCUGUCGCUCACUCUGGUCUCAUUCCUUGCAGACUUGCCUGUAAACCUCAAGUUGGAUCCCCGCUUGGACGCUGGGCUAGGUGAUAAGAUGCUGUUACGUUUGGCUGCGCAGAAACUUGGACUUGUUGAAGCAAGCAGCAGGAAGAAGCGAGCCAUGCAAUUCGGCAGUCGUUCAGCCCGGAUGGAUGGGGAGAGACGAGGAGAUGCUGAGCUCGAGUAG